CAAAGAAAAUUAGUUCCGCUUCAAGAUAGACAGUUCCUCUUAGACAUACAGUUUGUUCUUAAUUACAAUCGCGUUAGUUACGUGUUGUUAUAUAAGAACGUCUUGACUGAUUGUGUUAUUAUAAGCCGUCGUGCUUUUUUAUUUUGUAAUGUCUAAUAUCAUCUGGACAUCAGGAUGUGAUAACACGCCCGGGCGCAUCAAAUCUGCGGUAGCCUCAGGACAUGAAGAGGCCAUGGUUUUUUUAUUUUCCGAAGAAAUAUGCCUAAAGGCUAAAGCUGAUAUGACCGUUUGCUUAUUUCCCGCACGCAAGACGAAGAUUGCGCACUUUGCCUAACAAGGCCCAUUAACGAACAAAACAUUUAACCAAAUAUAAGUUAGAAACUCAAACUUUACACUGGCAUAAUUUAAACAACUGAUGACCAUUGAAUGUACUCAUGUAGGGGUCUGAUAUGGCCUUUCAAUAAAUCGGAAUGAGCUCUUACAUGAUGCCAAUGUUUCUGUGACUUCCUGUACAGACAGAAAGUCGCAGAAAACACAGAUCGACAGUUCUGGGUAUGUUAACAACCUAGGCGUCUAGGGUCAGGGACAUCACUCUUGGACCGCUGUGUGCUGAGGAAGUUACCAGUAGAAGGCCAGUCGAAGGUUAAACAGAAAUACUGUAAAGGGCUCAUUGGCGUUUGAGCGUGAGAACAAUACAACAGCUCAUACAGAUGAAGAUGAUACCAUUCGUCAACAUAAACAGGAACCUGACAUGUUUGUAUCGUGCUGUGGACUGAAGUGCUUGUCCAUAAACACACUCCUGCACUUGCUCAUGACUGUGUGGUUGAUGUGCUACAAAGAUAUACCCCUGCAUUAUUACAGCAGUGGAAUUCGGUGGAAGAGCAGCUACAAACAAGCUCCCCUACUGACAGCUGCUCCUACUCGAGCCCUCGUCGAUGAACAGAUCAGCAUUAAAGGACGUUUUCUGGCCUCACACUGUCCUGUCACAGUGUGUGCACAAAUGCACAGUGAGGAUGGUGACCUGUGGGAGGCAUUCGCACAUUAUUAUGCAAAGGCAGAUGGAACCGUCAACUUGACCAGGGAUCAUUCAGUCGGGGGCUCAUAUUUGGGCUGUGAGCCAAUGGGACUGUUCUGGGGACUGCAGCCGGCUCCUGGUUCAAGAGAGGGUUUGAGGCUAAGGAAGAAAAAUGUAGAGACUCCAUUUGUUGUUCAAGUGUCCUUACUGGAGGGCCACGUUUCGCCCAGUGAGAGACAGAGCGCUGAGCUGGCUGCUGUCACCACUGAGCGCUCGUACAUGGCACCAGGUGUACAAAGAAUAGAUAUUCGCCAGGAUGGAGUUGUUGCAACACUGUUUUUGCCACCUGGCCCAGGUCCAUUUCCAGCUGUAUUGGAUCUGUGGGGAUUGAUUGGAGGACUGACAGAAUACCGCUCAGGCCUGUUUGCCUCCAGAGGCUAUGCUAGCCUGUCCCUUGCCUACUUGGGGCACCAAGAUUUGCCUGGCCCACCAAAUCACAUAAAUGUUGGAGAAUCAUAUUUCAAGGCUGCCUUCAACUUACUUAAAAGUCAUCCACAGGUCUGUGGCGACAGAGUUGGAAUCGUCGGUUUCUCCUAUGGUGGCUACCUGAGCCUUCGAAUUGCCACGCAGACUGAUGUCAAUCCGACCUGUUUGGUUUGUAUCAACUGCCCCAUAGGAAGUACCAUCAAAUUCUCAAACCCGGAUGGCAGGACUGAACGGCUUGAGAGUGACAUGAAGUAUUGGUCGUACAGUGAUGAAAGCCACGUCAUUUUCAGAGACAUCUCGCUGCCUGCUAACCUUUACCCCGAAACCAAAGUGAAGGUUGAGCUCCUCAGUUGCCCGUUAAUGUACAUAGUGGGCGAAGAUGACCUGAGCACCUCAAGUUUAGAGAAUGCAAACUUGAUCGAGGAGACCCUGAGGGCUGCAGGUAAAUCCCAGCUGCUCACCUGUUUGUCCUACCCUGGUGCUGGUCAUCUGAUUGAACCACCUUACACACCAAAUUCAAGAGAGUCCCUGUGGCGCAACAAACCCAAAAAACUCCUCAGCUUAUGGGGAGGUCAUCUCGCACCUCACGCUGCUGCCCAGGAAGAUGCCUGGAAGAAGAUCCUGGAUUUUAUGGAGAGUAAUCUGAGACAGUGAAUCUGUGAUGAAUUGAACCCUUGAGAUGGAAAGAGAGAGAACUGAGAGAGUUCUAAAUGCAGAGAAAUCAGAGAGAGAGAGAGAGA